AUGGACGACCGACGCAAGGUUGGACUGGGCCUGCACCACCAACCCAACUCCAACAACACUACCCUCGCCCCCGAGCACGUCCUCUCCACCGCACCUGCCUCGCCCACCGACGACAUGUCUCAUCGACCGAGUCAAAAGAGCUCCGGCGAAGACUCCACCACGAGCACAACGACGACUCUGAUGAUGAUGCCGCCGCAGAACUCUACCAUGGCCCAGCUUUCAUUUGGACCGGCCACCCAGCAGACUGUCACCACCGUCACGACCACGACCACCAUAUCACUGCCGCCGUUGAUCAUGAGGCCUCCAAAAGACCUGUACGAGCGAGACCCUAAGCAGUACCCACUGGCCUUCUCACCUACCCCAAGCUCGAUCAAGCGCUUCUGCUUCGACAUUGAUGGCCGCCCCACCCGCUUUGAGGAAGCGGAGGAUCCCGACGAGACCAUGCGGAAGUAUCAGGACCUUCAAUCUAAGAUCAGCAAGAGCAACGGAUCCAUUUACCAGAGGGAAGAGCAGGAUGGCUAUCAGACACCUAUGAGAGACCUCUCGGCUUCUCGCCUCAGCAAGAAGGUUCCCGGUGUACGUGCUUCGAACGCUCCCAAGCGUACUGCUACUCCGCCGUCUAUAGCAGAGGCCGCGGAGCUUGCAAGCUUGCAGAGGAAGACCAAGAAGCAGCGCUCGCAACUGCACCGAACACACUCGGAGAUGUCCGAGCAGCCUUCUCUUAACGAGAGGAGUGCUUCUGGGGCGUUUCCUACCGUACACGACCCUUCACACCCGUCGCCAGUCACUCCGGAUACUGAUGCAAUGGGAGUCGUCCCUAGGUCUGCGGUGGACAGACAGGGCGAUCCGAGGAGCCGUGGAAUACUGAAGCCUUCUCAUUCCCGUGUCCAGGAGCUGCAGGAUGAAGGAGGAGACGACUCGCACAUGGCCGAUACUGAGGCUCAAGACGACGACUCGAGGAAUAGACCUCGCUCGUUUGCAAAGAAGAAGAAGAGGAGCUUCGCAGAGUCGAGUGGAGCAGAACACAGGCAUACUCUCCGAGCCCCGUCAGCCGUGGCUGCCACAACACCACCCGUUGCUGAGACUGACAUGGACCCCGUCGAGCAAUCUGAGCCACGCUGGACAGCGAUGCCACCAAGCAUUGUCACAAGUUCACAACAAGACGCUAGCCUGCCCAGUCCGAGCUUGUCACCAAUCACUGCUGCCGCAAACCUGGCCUCUCGACAAAACGCCUUCGAAGCUUCCUUCACUCAGCAUAACGAUGAGAACGCCAGUGUGGUGUCUGGUCUUGACCUCGAUGACGAUAGCCAGGCUCAAAGUGCCAAGUCCUUCGAGUCUCAGUCCUCUAAGAAGUCUGGCAAGGCGACCUCAAGUCAAUCCGCUCAUGGCACUCAGCAAUCACAGACGUCUGCCACGGCGGCGCCAACAGUCAUGGACAUUCCGACCAUGGUCGACGCCUUUGAUGGCAUGUCAGAGUCCAUGCAGACCUACCUCAUUUACCAGUUCCUGCGUCGUUGUGCCAAGCCUACAUUACAGAUGGUUGCCAACGUGGUCAAUCCCGCUCUGAAGUGUGAUCCGUUCAAUGUCCUGCCUCCCGAACUUGGCCUCAACAUUGCUCGCUUCUUGGAUGCUCAGAGUAUGUGCCGCGCCUCCCAGGUUUCAAAGAGGUGGCGUAAGCUCGUCAAUUCGGAUGAGAAAGCCUGGAAGGACCUGCUUGAACGUGACGACUUUGUUCUGCCUGACGGCGAGAUUGCGAGAGCUGUCCGGGAAGGGUGGGGCUGGCAGCACCCUGGCGAAGAUGGAUAUGAGCAAGAUCUCAGCAAGCCAAUCCGCAGCCAAUCGCCAGAGCCUGUCGAGACUUCGAUCAUGAGUGACGACGAGCUUACUGCUUCGUCCACGGUGACCACGAGGACAAUGAAGAAGAGGUCGAUCGUGAAAUCCUCAAGCUCCAAGAAGUCGAAGCGGCGCCCCGCACAUGCGUCAUCUUCGGUUACAAAACCAACUCCCACUCCAAAUAGCAAAUGGCUGAAGCUCUUGAGCACUGCCAAGGGUGCCAACGCUUUCGCGCAUGCCGCUACUCAGGCUGUGCCGCAUCCCGCUAUUGGGCUGGAGAGCCUUCGUAACAUGCACCUCUUCAAGUCUCUUUACCAACGCCACUACCUCAUCCGCAAAGCCUGGAUGGAUGCAGAUUGCCAGCCUCAGCAUCUUGCCUUUCGGGCACACCAUCGGCACGUGGUUACCUGCCUCCUGUUCGACAGUGACAAGAUCCUCACGGGCAGUGACGAUACUAAGAUCAACGUCUACGACACCAAGACCGGUGCACUCCGAACUCGUCUUGAGGGCCACGAGGGAGGCGUGUGGGCUUUGCAAUAUGAAGGAGACACCCUGGUCUCCGGCUCGACUGACCGCAGCGUGAGAGUAUGGGACAUCAAGAGCGGGCGUUGCUUGCAAGUCUUCCAAGGCCACACUUCGACCGUACGCUGCCUUGUCAUCCUGAAGCCUGUCCAGGUCGAUACGGAGCCUGAUGGUACGCCCAUCAUGAUGCCAGAAGAGCCGCUGAUCAUCACCGGCUCUCGUGACUCGACACUCCGAGUUUGGAAGCUGCCAGAAAACGGCGGUCGCCAGAUCUUCCAAGCCGGACCGCCUGCUCAAGACCGUGACAAUCCAUACUUCGUGCGAACGCUGUCAGGUCACCAUAACUCGGUCCGUGCUAUCGCCGCUCAUGGAGACACCCUCAUCUCGGGUUCGUACGACUGUACAGUCCGUGUCUGGAAGAUCUCGACUGGAGAUCUCGUACACCGUCUUCAAGGCCACACUCAGAAGGUGUACAGUGUGGUGCUUGACCACGACCGCGGACGUUGCAUAUCUGGAUCGAUGGAUAACCUCGUCAAGGUUUGGGAUCUUUCGUCUGGCGCGUGUUUGUUCAACCUCGAGGGACAUACGUCGCUUGUAGGUCUCUUGGAUCUCAGCCACGAUCGUCUGGUGUCUGCCGCAGCAGACAGCACGCUUCGCAUUUGGGAUCCGGAAAACGGCACUUGCAAGGCAACUCUUUCCGCCCACACCGGAGCUAUCACUUGCUUCCAACACGAUGGACAGAAGGUCAUCUCUGGCUCUGACCGCACACUCAAGAUGUGGGAUGUGAGGAACGGCAACUGUGUUCGAGAUCUCCUCACCGACCUCAGCGGCGUGUGGCAGGUUCGGUUCGAUGAGCGUCGAUGUGUGGCCGCUGUCCAGCGGAAUAAUCUCACAUACAUCGAGGUAAGACCCCUAUGCGAACCAAAAAAAGGAUUUGGAAGCUAAUUGACGGAAACAGGUUCUCGAUUUUGGAGCUGCUCGGGACGGAGUUCCCGAGAGCAAGCGUGGUCGUCGCGUCGUUGUCGACAUCCGCGGCAAGGAAAUCGAAGACGUCGACCACGCCGCUCUGGAAGAGAUGGCGGCGGCCCAGGCAGCCUAG